GAUAACCUCUGUAAUAAAUAGAUGCUCUGAAAGCAUCUAGCCUGAGAAGGACCAGAGUAGGCUGCAAGAGCGACAGUUGACAUGUCAUCUCCUAUGGAGCACUCUUGGACCAUCUUUGAGGAAUACCACAUAGAUGAAGAUGUGGGCUUUGCUCUGCCACUUCCACUGGAGGAGCUACCUCAUCCUUAUGAUGCCUGGAUCUCUAUUGCUAGAAAUCUGCCUGAACUGAUCAAGAACAACCAACUACGUAUGGAAGUUGAGAAGUUAGCAAUGCUCAGCAUCGAUGGCCUCCGAGGCCACAGGGCACAGCGCCUGGGACACUUGGUUCUGGGAUACAUCACCAUGGCGUAUGUGUGGGGUCAAGGCGGUGGAGACAUCCGAAAGGUCUUGCCAAGCAAUAUCGCUGUUCCUUACUGCAAGCUAUCUGAGAAGCUGGGACUGCCUCCUAUUCUGCUUUAUGCAGAUUGUGUCUUGGCAAACUGGAAGAAAAAGGACCCCAGUGGGCCCAUGACUUAUGAGAACAUGGACAUUCUAUUCUCAUUUCCUGGUGGGGACUGCGGCAAAGGCUUCUUUCUGGUUUCUCUGUUGGUGGAAAUAGCAGCUGCCUCUGCAAUCAAAGUGAUCCCCAUUAUAUUUGAUGCAGUAAAACGUGAAGACUCAGAUACUUUGCAGAGGGCACUGCUUGACGUAUCUUCCAGCCUGCACAAAGCCCUGGACGUGUUUUCCCAAAUUCAUAAAUACGUGGACCCAAACCUGUUUUUCAAUGUUCUUCGAAUAUACUUGUCUGGUUGGAAAGGCAACCCCUUGCUGUCAGAAGGCCUGCUAUAUGAAGGCGUCUGGGACACCCCAAAGAAGUUUGCCGGAGGCAGUGCAGCCCAAAGCAGCAUCUUUCAGUGUUUUGAUGUUCUCCUGGGCAUUCAGCACACUGUUUGUGGAGUUCCUUCAGACCCUGCUGCUGAAUUUCUCCAGGAGAUGAGAACCUACAUGCCACCAGCUCACCAGAGCUUUCUCCUCUCAUUAAAGUCAAGGCCCUCGGUCCGUGACUUUGUUCUUUCAAAAGGCAAUGCUACGCUGCAGGAAACUUACGAUAAGUGUGUGCAAGCUAUGGUCUCCUUGAGAGACUACCAUUUGCAAAUAGUAGCUAAAUACAUCAUAAUUCCUGCAAGCCAGCAAUCGCAAUCCAAGGCGGAAAGCUCGGAAGAAGAUUUAAAGGCAGAAAGUAAAGGAACUGGAGGCACCAAUCUCAUGGACUUUCUGAAGUCUGUAAGAGGUAAAACUGUGAAAAGCCUGUUGAAGGAACAUUAAUUGUAAUCCAAGAAAGUAUAUUUUUUGGCAUAUGUUGUAUAUUUUGACAUGUGUUAAUCAUCUGCCCAUUAUAUCAGAAAUAGCAUUCACAUUCUUCAUUUGAGAGGAAAAUGAAACUUAUAUUCAUACAAAAACCUGCACAGGGAUGUUUAUUGCAGCUUUAUCAUAAUUACCCAAACUUGGAAACAUCCAAGAUGCCCUUCAGUGGCUCAAUGGAUGAACAAAUCGAAGUACAUCCUGACAAUAGAAUAUUACUCAGGGCUGAAAAGAAAUGAGUGCUGUGUGACAACCUGGAGGGGUGGGAGGAAGACUCGAGAGGCAGGGACAUAUAUAUACCUAUGCCUGAUUCAUGAUGAUUUAUUACAGAAACUUACACAAUAUUGUAAACCAAUCAUCCUCCAAUUAAAAAUAAAAUUUUAAAUUUUUA